AUGGCCGACAGCAAGUACGAUUUCGAGACCCGGCCUCCGCAUGGCCGUGUGGACAGCCUUGGAAGCUUCCCCGCUUUGUCGUUUCCUUCGAUCAACGGCGGUGGCCAAGAGUCCGCCAACAACAUGAAGUUCUCCUUCUCUCCUCAGCAGGAUUCGAUGGAUUUCGACCCUGCCAGUCCUGCCUCGUUCAGUCAAAGCUUAGAGCAGACCACGGUCCAUCCUGGAGUCCUGUCAGGAGACAAUGUUUCUCUUCUCGAUGGAAACAACCAAAUUCCGGGCGAUUUCUUCAAUCCGCAGGCGUUGUUUACCUCGCUUCCGAACACACGUAGCCAUCAUGGGCAGAUCACGCCGCCUGACGAUCUCUCCCCCAAGUCGACCGAAUCAAAACCGCCCAUGAACUCAAUCGAAGACCGGGAGAUCCAAGUGAAGGUAGAGGACUCCGUUGAGGUAGCCGCAGCCGGUACCAAGCGCAAGCGAUCGUCCAAAGCCAGUGCCGGUAAUCCAACCAAGAAGCGGGGAAGAAAGUCCGUGACGACGGUCGACGACGAGAAUCUGGAUCCGGAGGAGAAGGCCAAGCGUGACCAGUUCUUGGAGAGGAACCGUGUAGCUGCACACAAAUGCCGCCAGAAGAAGAAGGAGUGGAUGGUCUCGCUCGACAAUGAUUGCAGAGAUCUCUCGGCGAAGAACAAGUACCUGGCCGCAGAAGUGGACAUGCUGCAGAAAACACUGUACGAGCUGAAGAACUUGAUCUUCCAGCACGCAGAUUGCGGUUACCAACCGAUCAAUGAGUUUAUCGGCAACGAGGCCGAGAGAGUCCGCGUUCGCGCUCAAGCUGCAGACCCCGCUGUGGCUAUGCAAGAGCAUUACCAACAAUCGAUACCGUACCCCCAUCCAGGCGCCAGUCUUUCUGGACAGGGGCCUAGCAUGUUCCCAAGCCGAGGAUCAGUCGAUUUCGAAAGGUCGGCAAGGCGGGCCAGCACGGAAGUGAGCGACCUGGGAAGCUUCCGGUCGAGGUCGACGCCGUCAGACGGAGUCCUGAACGAGGCAUGGGCGGACAUGCUCCAACAGCCGUAA